AUGAUAGAUGCCUGCGAUAUCUAUUUGGAAUUGCGUUUCAGUUCCAGUGUACGUAGCAUAGCCUCAUUUAUGUUUGUAAUGGACGAGAUAUUUUUCCUGCCUAUAAUUCUCUAUGUGCCGUCAAUUGCAUUUAAUCAAGUCACAGGCGUGAACAUUUACGUUAUAAGUGGCAUCAUUUGUGUGGUUUGCGUGAUUUACACAUUGAUUGUAAGUAUAGGUGUGUGUGUGUGUAUACAAGUGGAUAUAAUAAACUAUAAUUGGUUUUUUUAUGUACAUAAGUCUAUGUGUACAUUAGACUGGUUCAAAAAAUCCAAUUUUUGGUUUUCAAAAUCCCUUGUGAAUUAUUUUCGGGACAGUGAAAAAAAACGCUUGUCAAAAGCGCAGCUCAUCGUGAUUUUCUAUAUUUAACUUGACGACAAUUUAGGUUAAGUGAUUUUUUUAAUGAAAAUUAUUAUGGUAUUCAGUGAUAAGUUUUAACAUUCGACUUUAACAUUGAGGAAUUUGAAACUUUUCGCUCAUUCGGAUAUUGACUUAAAAUAGUUAUCAAAUUUCAAAAUUAAAAAAUUAGUUUCCUCUGCUAUUUAUGUAUAUGGAAAACAGAAAUUCGCAAUCAGCGACUGUAAAUCUCAAUAUUUAUUAGAAUUAUUUACAAGGGAUUGGAAAAAAUGUAGAUUUGAACAGUAGACAUUAGAGAAAAAUGUAGAUCGAUUAGACCAGUCUAAUGAGGAUCUUACUUACAUAUUGGAAGUAUGUAUUCACAUAAAAAUUGUUAGGAACAACAAUGUAACCUUUUAUAUAAAUUCAUUGUUGUAGUUUUAUUCUUUAUUUCUUUAAACUGUAAUGGAAAAACAUUAAAGAUAAAAGAUUUGAGAGCAAUAUCAUAAUCGAUAUCUUAUUCAAUGCUAACAACGUUACAAGAGAAACCAAAUUACAAAAAGGGGACGUAGUGCAAAGCCAAUGAAAACUUUUUGGACACGUUCAAUUCGACUUAUGUGACAAGCAUGAUAAGGUAUCCAAUAGGGUGGUCCAAAAACCAAAGUUUAUUUUAGAGACCAAGGAACCCUCCAAUUUUGUUACAUAUAA